AUGAGUGUUAGAGCGGCUUCUCAUGCUGGAGCAUGGUAUUCGGCUAAUCCUUUAAAACUGAACAAGCAAUUAGAUGAGUACUUGAAAGCAGCUCCACAAUCAGUGGCGGGAGCAAGGUUAUUGAUUGGACCUCAUGCUGGAUAUACAUAUGCUGGUUCUACGCUAGCAGAGACAUAUCAGGCAUGGGAUACCUCUAAAGUCAAGAGAGUUUUCAUUUUAGGCCCUUCACAUCAUGUCUAUUUUAAGAAUGUUGCUUUGUUAAGUGGUGUGGAUGAGUAUGAAACCCCUUUUGGAAACUUACCAGUUGAUAGAGAAGUUGUUGAUUCUUUGAAAAAUAACAAAAUUUUUAAAGAAAUGAGUUUGGAGGUGGAUGAAGAUGAACACAGUUUUGAAAUGCAUGCCCCUUAUAUCUACAAACUGACACAAAAUAUUCCUCAAGGUAUACCAUCUAUUGUUCCAAUCAUGAUUUCACAUUCUGAUGAAAACUUUAAUAAAAAAAUAUCAUCUAUAUUAUCGGAAUAUUUGAAGGAUGAGGCUAAUACUUUUGUUAUAAGUAGUGAUUUUUGUCAUUGGGGGUCAAGAUUCGGUUAUACAGCGUAUACAGGAAAGGGUACCUUAGACGAUUUGAAAGACUUAAGUUAUACUACUAAAGUUCCUUCAGGUGGAUUAAGUAUUCAUAAAUCAAUUGAGUUUUUAGAUAUACUUGCAACAAGAAUUGCUUCAACAGGCUCUUCGAAGGAUUGGAAAGAUUAUAUAAAAGUCACUGGAAACACAAUUUGCGGUCAAAGACCAAUUGCUAUACUGUUAGAAACUAUUGAGAAAGUUAAAGAAGAGGGAACAUAUGAUGAUGACUGGGGGAAAUUUGAAUGGAUUGGAUAUAGUCAAAGUAGUCAAGCCACUUCUGCUCGUGAUAGUAGUGUCAGUUACGCUAGUGCAUUUGCUGUUACUGCUUAA